AUGUUCGGGUUCCUGAUCUUGCUGCAAUCGAUCUCCUUUGGCGUGGAGCUUGGUCUCGAGGGAGAAAACAAUGGGUCCGGAUUGCUGGAGAGACUUGGUCCAGUAUUGUAUGUGCUUGCCUUCAUCGAGCUCAUCUUUCUUAUCGUGUUUUCGAUUGAAUAUUCCCUCCGCUGCCAGGCACUGGGAAGGAAGUAUUGCUUCGCGGCUUCAGGCGUGUUUGAUGCGGUUGUGCUCAUCGCCACACUUGCGCACACCGUUGUUUAUUUCCUGGAAGCAAGUUCGGAAAACACAUCGAACUCGUCUUUACAGACGGCUCGGACGUUCAGACUGCUGCGCAUCAUCCGACUACUGCAGACAUUCCCUGCACUUGCAAUGCUAGUCAAAGGACUAUUUAGCACAUUCAUUGCGAUCCUAGAUGUUAUGAUAUUACUGACGGCGCUCUGCUACGCAGGUGCUCUUUUCUGCUGUGAGCUGUUAGGCUCUUCUCAGGAUAACAACAGUAACACCGGCCUUUUCAGCGGCGUCUUCCAAGGAUUCUUGACUCAUAUUCAAUUGGUCUUGAUCGAAGCCUGGCCCGACAUUGCAGCAGAAAUGAUGCUUCAAUCUUACAUCUGGGGAGUCUACGUCGUUGGGUUCUUGCUGGUGAGCAACUUCGCCGUGCUGAAUGUCGUGACUGGCGUGAUAUGUGAGCGAGUGCUACUUAUAGCCUCCAACCAGCCCCCAGGUUCCAUGGAGGAUGCACAGGAAAAUUUGGCACAGCUGCAAGAGCGAAUUUCGAUGCUGUGCUCUGAUGUCAUGGGUAAAACUCCAGACAUUUCGAAGGAGGAGCUGCUGGAGCUGCUGCAGUCUGCUCAGGCACUCGAAAUUCUCAAGGCCAUGAAAGUUGCACUCCCACAGACGGCAGAGGACGUGACCAUCAUUUUCGACAAGGAUCAUGUUGGCGCUAUUAACUGUGAUGAGCUGCAGGAGGGACUCAUGCGGUUGCGGGGCAGUAGCCAUGAUCUGCUGUCCUUGAACAGCCACUGCGGUGUCUACAAGACCUUCUGGUCAUCCAACGAGGCGUUGCAGAACGCCGCAGCCAGACAGAGACGCUGUAUGCGCGAAACCCGACGAGCUAUGACUGAGCGCAUGGCUGAGGCACUGCCUUGGCCCAGGCCCAGGCACCCGCAAGGGUCCCAAGACCGUGCAGAAAACGUAGACCUGACAGCCAUCACAGCCGCCAUGCACCAGUUGCGCACAUCUCUUCAGGAGUUGCAGAAGCAGUGCUCGCUCCAUUACGGGGAGGGUCAGGAGUCCACCAGCAAUCUGUCGAUUGCCACGCAGACUGAGACGCACGAAUGGGCUGCAUGCAUUCUGGCGGACUCUUUCGUGAACGCGAUGCGCCUUGCAAUCAGCUACGGGCACAAGGCUGUCGAGCGUGCUGAAGAGCCCACUGCCAGGUACCUCAGAAGUGUUGCCAUCGCGUUCUGUUCGUGCAGCCUGGUUCAAGCGCAGCUCGUCUGA